CCUUUCCAGUGCUCACCCUGCAUUUGUUAGUAUACUCCUGCUUGCCGAGAUCAGAGGAAUACCUAUGUAUUGCUGCUUUAACAUGAUUUCUGCUGAGCCUCAGAAUAGGUUCUGGUGUUUUUUUUAGGUGGACUGCCAGCUGCCGAUCUUGCUGUUGACAGUAAAAGCAGAUAUGUUCCUUGCUCACUGCCAUUAGCAAUGACCAUGACCCUUCACACCAAAGCCUCUGGAGUUACCCUGCUGCACCAGAUUCAAGGCACUGAGCUGGAGACUCUGAGCAGACCUCAGCUGAAGAUUCCCCUGGAACGAUCGCUCAGCGACAUGUACGUGGAAAGCAACAAGACAGGAGUUUUUAACUACCCAGAAGGGGCCACCUACGAUUUUGGUACUACCGCUCCAGUGUACGGCUCUACUACACUCAGUUAUGCCCCUACUUCUGAAUCUUUUGGGUCAAGCAGCCUGGCAGGAUUUCACUCUCUGAACAAUGUCCCACCAAGCCCAGUGGUGUUCUUGCAAACGGCACCCCAGCUCUCACCCUUCAUCCAUCACCACAGCCAGCAGGUACCCUACUACCUUGAAAAUGAACAGGGCAGCUUUGGGAUGAGGGAAGCUGCUCCUCCAGCCUUCUACAGGCCAAGCUCUGAUAAUAGGCGCCACAGCAUUCGUGAGAGGAUUUCUAGUACCAAUGAGAAAGGGAGCCUGUCCAUGGAGUCCACCAAGGAGACCCGGUACUGUGCUGUGUGCAACGACUAUGCUUCAGGCUACCACUAUGGGGUCUGGUCUUGUGAGGGCUGCAAAGCUUUUUUCAAAAGAAGUAUUCAAGGGCACAAUGACUACAUGUGUCCUGCCACUAACCAGUGUACUAUUGACAAGAACAGAAGAAAGAGUUGCCAGGCCUGCCGACUAAGAAAAUGCUAUGAAGUGGGAAUGAUGAAAGGUGGAAUCCGGAAAGACCGCAGAGGCGGGCGAAUGAUGAAACAGAAACGUCAAAGAGAGGAACAGGAUUCCAGGAACGGGGAGGCUUCUUCUACAGAGCUGCGAGCUCCAACCCUUUGGACAAGUCCACUGGUGGUUAAACAUAACAAGAAGAACAGUCCGGCCCUGUCUCUGACAGCAGAACAGAUGGUCAGUGCCUUGCUGGAAGCUGAGCCACCUAUAGUUUAUUCUGAAUAUGACCCCAAUAGACCAUUCAACGAAGCAUCUAUGAUGACCCUGUUGACCAACCUUGCAGACAGAGAAUUAGUGCACAUGAUCAACUGGGCAAAGAGAGUUCCAGGAUUUGUGGAUUUAACACUCCAUGAUCAGGUCCAUCUGCUGGAAUGUGCCUGGUUAGAGAUACUGAUGAUCGGCUUAGUCUGGCGCUCCAUGGAACACCCAGGAAAGCUUUUAUUUGCACCUAAUCUAUUACUGGACAGGAAUCAAGGGAAAUGUGUAGAGGGCAUGGUGGAAAUCUUUGACAUGCUACUGGCUACUGCUGCUCGGUUUCGGAUGAUGAACCUUCAAGGGGAGGAAUUUGUGUGCCUUAAGUCCAUCAUCCUGCUCAAUUCUGGUGUGUACACUUUUCUUUCUAGCACCUUGAAAUCUCUGGAAGAGAGGGACUAUAUCCACCGUGUUCUGGACAAAAUCACAGAUACUCUGAUACACCUAAUGGCAAAGUCAGGUCUUUCUCUGCAGCAGCAACACCGGCGACUAGCUCAGCUCCUCCUUAUCCUCUCUCACAUCAGGCAUAUGAGCAACAAAGGAAUGGAGCACCUGUACAAUAUGAAGUGUAAAAAUGUAGUUCCGCUCUACGACCUCUUACUGGAGAUGCUGGACGCUCACCGCCUACAUGCACCGGCAGCCAGGAGUGCUGCACCAAUGGAAGAGGAGAACCGAAACCAACUGACAACCGCACCAGCUUCAUCUCAUUCCCUGCAGUCCUUUUACAUUAACAGCAAAGAAGAGGAGAGUAUGCAGAAUACAAUAUAAACAAAAGUCAGCAUAUAAUAAUGGUAUGAGAAACCCAGCAGCGUACUACCUAGCUCAUGCUUCAUUUCAUCUAUAGUGCCACAUAUGUCAACACUCCAAUGACAUCAGCCACC